UGUGUUGUGUCUCCAGUCCAGCAGGAGUCGCUCUGCAGCUCUUCAGUCCGCCGAUAAACCCACUAAAGAAAGAAAGAAAGUCAAACAUCAAGCGCUGCGUGUUCACAUCACUCUGAUUUUCUCUCUUGAGUGUUUUAAACAGAGUGUUGUGUGUGUGUGUUUGUGUUGAGAUGUUGAGGAUGACGUCACAGAUGUGCUGUAAAUCAGUGGGAACUGAUCUGUCCAUGCUGGAUAUUGAUGAUUUCAUCACAGAAAUCUGUCAGCUGAAGAAAGAGGUGGCGUUACUGGAGGAAAAGCUGAGGACAAGAGGAGAUGAACUCAACACUGAGAAGUCCAGACACACACAGGACUCGGAGCUCAGCCUCACUUUACUCUGUUAUACUGACACAAACCCCACAGACGCUCAGGACACUGUGUGUGACAGUAAUCACACCUUGAAUCAGGAUGAAUCUACUGAUCAAACCUCCACAGAGUCUCUGGAUUCUGUCUGUAACGCUGGAGAACAGCAGAUCCUGAACACCAGACCACUCAACAUGUGUUCUGUCACACUGAUGGACUGCAGGAAACUGAUGGAGAUGAGAAGACAAACACCAGCAGAAGAAGAAGAUCACACUGAUGAAGAUGAGAAUCACGAUGAUGAUGAUGAUUUCAUCCCUUCAGAUGAGAGCGGUGAUUCAUGUUGUGAUGGAGAAACGGCCUCUACAUCAAAACAGCGACUGACAGCACAAACUCUUUCCUGCAUCACCUGUGGAAAGACAUUCAGUUCACAGAGACGUUUAGAGACACAUGAGAGAAAACACACAGAACAGAAACUCUUCACCUGCACCAGAUGUGACAUCAGCUUUCCUACCUUACAAGAGAAGAAACUUCAUUCACAAGAGCACAGAGACCAGAAACACUUUCACUGUCAGCAGUGUGGGAGAGCUUGUGUCUCGUCUUCUAGUCUGAACGCUCACAUGAGGACACACACUGGAGAAAAACCUUUCCACUGCAGUCAAUGUGACAAAUAUUUCAGCAGCAAAGCUUAUCUUGUUGCUCAUCAGAGAACUCACACGGGAGGAAAACCGUACGCGUGUCCUCACUGUGACAAGAGAUUCAGUCUAAAAGCCUAUCUGAAGAGACAUGUGCGUUUACACACCGAUGAGAGACCGUAUCAGUGCAGUGAAUGUGGAAAAACCUUUAGGGAAUCACGUUGUCUAAAGUCACAUCAAAAAAUACACUCUGAGAAACUCUAUCAGUGUUCACACUGUGAUAAACGCUUCCGUCAUAAAUCUUCUCUAACAUGUCAUGAGAGAACUCACACUGGAGAGAAACCUUACCUCUGCUCUCACUGUGGAAAGAGAUUUACUGAUCAAAGUGCCUUGAGACUUCAUCAGAGAACUCACACAGGAGUUAAACCGCACGCGUGUCCUCACUGUGAGAAGAGAUUCAGUCUAAAGGCCUAUCUGAAGAGACAUGUGUAUCUACACACCGAUGAGAGACCGUAUCAGUGCAGUGAAUGUGGAAAAGGCUUCAGGGAUUCAGUUUGUCUAAAAAGACACCAAAAAACACACUCUGAGAAACUCUAUCAGUGUUCACACUGUGAUAAACGCUUCCAUUAUUCAUCUCAUUUGAUAACUCAUGAGAGAGUUCACACUGGAGAGAAACCUUACGUCUGCCCGAUCUGCGGCGAGAGAUUCACUUAUUUAAGAAGUGUUCAGACUCAUCUGAAGAAACAUGUUAAAACUUGUGAAGAAGAUUUCAUUCAUACAGACAGCAAAAACAACAGCCAAAUGUUAGAAAGGCAGGAAAACAUCCACAUAAAAUCUACCAUAAAACUUGAAUGUUGUUUAUAAAUAUCAUUUUUUUUUAUUGUAGUGUACUAACAGCUUCUCUUUGAGGUUCUGAUGAACUCCAGCAGAUGUUAACACUAAACACACAGUAACACAUCAGUUCCCAGCUAACAGUUACGUGAGCACGUACCAUAUUCGUUGGGAUGAUGUAACAUUGGACAUUGCUGAGACGUGAUGAUUUCCUCCUGAUGGACCAUAAUUCGUUGCAGCAACAUACCAAAUAACGUUUCUGGGACGUAACCAGUAGCCAACGACCAAAUAGUUUUUAUAAUUUUAUUUAAACACAUCGUCCCUCACAUGGAGGGUUAAAUUAAUCUGUGAUUUAAUAUGUGCAUUAAAUAUUCAAUUUUAUGCAUAAUUUGAAUAAUUUCCUAGUUAAAUGUGUAUUAUACAAAGUUUAACGAUUAAUAAAAUUUAACACAGCACUGUACAUCAGCAUCAGACAGACACUUUAUUUAGAUACUGAAGUAAAUGACGUAAAUAACCAAAGACUUCAACACAAUGUAGAUGAUUCAAAGCAGAUAUUUAUUGACAGAGAUGAAUAAACAUUAUCUUUAAGCAUAAUAUUAUAUUCUUGUCUUACCACAUAAGUUUAUCAGGUUGUCCGUUUUUAGAAACAACAAUCAAAAGCUUUUUCAGUCACACUCACAACAUCAGGGUCCGUUCAUUUUUAAACGCGCCAAAUCGAUCGAAAAUCAUAAAAUAUGUGUUUACUCUCACAUCUGUGAGGUAUAAAGUAAAGGAAGAAUAUUAUUAAACCGCGAAAGUAAUAUAUCAUGCAGUGAGGUAAAACUAAAUGGCCGUUAAUGUUUAAAUGAUGCGAGCGCGCAGCUCUUUGCAGAUCAGAGAACGCACAUGCUGGACAUGCGCGCGCAUGAAAUGAAUAGAAACGCCGUUUAAAUAGUUGUGUUUGAUUAAACUCCAGAUUAAUUGCUGUGAAAAGUCAGAUUAAUAGCAUUCGUUUUGACAAUAUAACAGAUUUUACUCUGAUCAUACAUUUUCCAUAUAAUAACAUAAUAAAUAGAAAUGACCAGAUUCAUUAAUAACCAGUGUCCAGGUUAUCUGAAGACCAGUACAUCACGUCGCUACAACGUUCUCCAUGGGAUUAAUUCACAACGUUAUUUGAGGACGUGGCUAGG